UUGCCUGUUGAUGUGAACAUUUUUUUCUCCAUUUUAUUUUAUCUCCUCUCCUCUCUUCUCCCCUCCUCUCCCCUCCCAUAUUCCUUCCUCCUCCUCCUCCUUGCUUUGUUCUCUUGAAUAGCAAGUAGGGAUAAACUGACCCGUGUUACACCUACUACUGAAAACUUUCAAGAAAAAAAGAAAACCCUAGAGCACUAGAUGUCAAUCGAAAAGGGGAAAGGCAUGGCUGAAGGAUCGUCAAGAUCUACGGCUUCCCCAAACGAUCAACACCACCAGCAAAGGGUGCUGCCGUUGAGUCGUUACGAGUCGCAGAAGAGGAGAGACUGGAAUACCUUCGGACAGUACUUAAGGAAUCAAAGACCCCCCAUCGCGAUAACCCAAUUCAAUUCAAACCAUGUGCUUGAUUUCCUUCGCUACCUCGACCAAUUCGGGAAGACUAAGGUUCACUUGCACGGCUGCAUCUAUUUCGGGCAGCCCGAGCCACCGGGCCCGUGCACGUGUCCCCUGCGACAAGCUUGGGGAAGCCUUGAUGCGCUCAUCGGAAGGCUGAGAGCUGCUUAUGAAGAGAACGGUGGGUUACCGGAAGCAAACCCAUUCGCCAGCGGCUCGAUCCGGAUGUAUCUUCGCGAAGUUAAGGACUCUCAAGCUAAGGCUCGAGGAAUCCCUUAUAAGAAGAAGAGCAGGAGAAGAAGUGCAAUGAAGGCCAAAGUUGAGGGCUACAAUAACGUCCCCGUCAGCGAAUCUUGAAGAUCUUGCUACUACUCGAGCGCGGGGAAGGCGAAUCGAAGUAUUUUGAUGUGCCGUAUUCCUUUUAUGAUAGGAAAGCUCUACCGCAUCAGAAGUAUUUUGAUGUAUCGAUUUCCCUUUAUGAUAGGAAAGCUCUACCACAUCAGAAGUAUUUUAAUGUAUCGAUUUCGCUUUAUGAUAGGAAAACUCUACCGUAUCAAAAUCUAUCUGUUUACUAUUUUCAGUCUGUUAACAAUAACAUGUUCUAUGAUGUGUGCUUCCUAGCAUAUUGCCUUAUCUAAAUGUGAGUGUAAAGGGCAACAAUUGGAAUGAAGUUGCAUUUCUCCGUA